AAAGUCCAGUUAACUUGACAGCUGACUACCAUUAAGACCGGACGCCACGCUGAUCCGUGCCAGCCAUAAUGGCCCUGUUGAUGCGACUCUUAACUUUGGUGGUUAAUGUAUUAUGCUUGCCUCUCCACCUGAUGGAAGCGACCGGUCUGUAUCGAAUAUACAAGUAUAUCUUCCCCGCUUGUUUAUAUCGUUGUUCUGUAAUGUACAACAAGAAAAUGCACGACAAGAAGAUGGAGCUGUUUCGCAGCCUCCCACACUUCAAAAAACCUGGCAAGCAACUCACAGUUUUAGAGAUUGGCUGCGGCACGGGCACGAAUUUCAAGUAUUACCCAGCAGGUUGCAAGGUGAUCUGCACUGACCCGAACCCCAAUUUUCAGAGGUAUCUUAAGUCCAGCAUGGCCGAGUGCGACCAGCUGAUAUAUGAAAGGUUUGUGGUGGCAUCGGGGGAAGACAUGGGGUCAGUUGAGGACGAAACGGUAGACGUUGUUGUCUGCACCCUGGUGCUCUGCUCUGUCAACGACAUCCCGCAAACCCUGCGAGAGGUGCACCGCAUACUGAGACCAGGGGGAGCCUUCUUUUUCAUGGAGCACGUUGUGGCGGACCCCUCCACCUGGUGUUACUUCUUCCAGCAUAUCCUCCAGCCUCCAUGGUACUACUUUGGUGAUGGAUGUGAGGUCAUCCGGGAAACUUGGAAGCAUGUGGAGGCAGCUGGGUUCUCUGAUCUGAAAAUGAACCAUGUCGAAGCACCACUUGUCUUCAUCAUCAGACCACACAUCAUAGGCUAUGGUGUUAAAUAGAUUCUCUAGAUUUAGCUUUGCGGUGAGCUUGCCCCCUAAUCAGCAUUAAUUUACUAAGCACUAAGUGUCUCUUUGUGACAUGAUUCGCCCACAGUGAUAGAGAUUUACUUUGAUACAGAUUUAUUUUGAUAUUAGAAAAGCAUUAACCCUUAUGUUUUGUGAAGACAAUUAACUUUAGGGCACAAGAUCAAACAUUUAUAUAGAUGGCACACAAUAGUAGGUUUGUAUUUGCUGUUUAAAGUGAAAAUAUAUUGCGUUUAUUGUGAUGUUUUAUCUGUCUAUCAAUCUAAUAAUCCAAUUUCUGUUGGUAUUAAUCUCAUAGCUACUAUUCAAUCAAUUUAUGUCUUUAAUGACUAGACAAUUAUGUCAAUAAAACAU